UGAGGAGCAGUCAGGCAGGACAGACAGUACAGGCAGUACAGGUAGACAGGCAGUGGAGUCGAGCAGCAGGCAGCUCUGUCACAGGGUGCAUGCACUACCUGAAGGCAUCACAGCUGUUUCUACUGUCAUCCGUGGGUGCUGCCUAAGGAAAAAGGUUCUCCUCUGGGCAGGCUGCCCGGUUCCUCUGAAGGCUCUCUUCAGCUCCUCGGCAGGCAGCCCUGGGCAGCAGGAGCAGGAUUUUUCUGGGGGAUUAAGGCUGUGCUGACCGGCGCCAGUGGGAGGGCUCAGUCAUGGCUUCCAAGCACCAAGCUUCUUCCUCGAAGCAGCCAGACAGCAGGGAAAAGAAACCGAAACUGGAAGAGGAGGACCACACCUGGAGCUCCACCUUGGCAACCCUGAAAACUGCUCCCAAGGAGAAGCCGCCUGCCAAAAUUGAUAGGCUGUGCCCCCUGAGCUCAGCACUGGGUGCCCGGGUCUAUGAGGACUAUUACUGCACCCUGAACCAGACCAACAUCAGUGCCAACAACAACAAGUUCUACAUCAUGCAGCUCCUGGAGCACGAUGGUGCCUACAGUGUCUGGAGCCGCUGGGGCCGCGUGGGAGAGGAAGGCCAGCCCAAAAUCAAGCCCUAUGCCUCCCUGGAAGCUGCCAAGAAGGACUUUGAGAAGAAGUUUCAAAGGAUGACCAAGAACAGCUGGGCAACAAGGGAGAACUUUGUUGCCCACACAGGGAAGUAUGCGCUCAUUGAGGUGCAGCCAGGAGCUGGGCAGGAGGUGGAGGCUACCCUCAGGGUGGAUGCCAUGGAUGGGGGCAAGGUGUGCAAGCAGCGGGUGCUGCCCUGCACCUUGGACAGAGCCACACAGGACCUGGUGUCCCUCAUCUUCAGCAGUGACAUGUUCCGGGAUGCCAUGCAGACCAUGAAUAUCGAUGUGAAGCUGGGGAGGCUGAGCAAGCAGCAGAUUGCAAGGGGCUUUCAGGCAUUGGAGGAGCUGGAGGCAGUGCUGAGGGAGCAGCACCCCCAGGCCACUCGCCUGGAGGAACUCUCCUCACGCUUCUACACCAUCAUCCCACACAACUUUGGACGGGCACGGCCACCCACCAUCAACUCCCCUGACCUGCUGCGUGCCAAGAAGGACAUGCUGUUGGUGCUGGCUGACAUUGAGGUUGCACAGAGCCUGCAGGCACAGAAAGAGAAGGAGGAGGAAGAGGAGAAAGAAGUUGCCCAUCCACUGGAUCAGGAUUACGCCCUGCUCUGCUGCCAGCUCUCCCUGCUUGACCCAGCUUCCCGGGAAUACCAGCUGAUCCAGACCUACGUGACGCAGACUGGGCACAAACUCCACAUCCUCAACAUCUGGCAGGUGGCCCGAGAUGGCGAGGAUGAGCGUUUCAAGGCCCAUGACCUGCUGGAGCACCGGCGCCUGCUGUGGCACGGCACCAACGUGGCGGUGGUGGCGGCCAUCCUGAGGAGCGGGCUGCGCAUCACGCCCCACUCCGGCGGGCGUGUGGGCAAGGGCAUCUACUUUGCCUCUGAGAACAGCAAAUCAGCCUGCUAUGUGGGCUGUACAUCUAAGAAUGUUGGCAUCAUGUUCCUGACGGAGGUGGCCCUGGGCAAGCCCUACCGCAUCACCUGCGAUGACCCCACGCUGUGUCAGCCACCUGAUGGCUAUGACAGUGUCCUGGCCUGUGGCCAGACAGAGCCGGAUCCUGCACAGGAUGAGGAGGUGCUGCUGGAUGGCAAGAAGGUGCUGGUGUGCCAGGGCAAGCCCAUCCCCAUGCCCGCCUACAAGGACUCCUCCUUCAGCCAGAGCGAGUACGUCAUCUACAAGGAAAGCCAGUGCCGGAUCCGCUACCUUGUCCAGCUUCGCUUCUGAGGGUGCCUGGGAGCACUGUGGCCCUGGCCCAGCACCAGGAGGUGACACCCAUCAGCCCAGAGCAGAGUGAUCUGGACUCUCUGGCCAUCCCACCUCGAGCUGGGCAAGGGACGGGCUGGCAUGGGGACUGAGCUUGCUUUGACUGUCAAUAAAAGCACUGUGCCUUGCA